AUGGUCGCUGACAUCAAAUCACCUGCCGGCCUUUCUGCCUUCAACGAUUUGCUGGUCAAUCAAUCGUUUGCCAACGGUUACACGCAUUCGGGUGAGGACUCGUCUCUCUUCGAAGCUCUUGGAAAUGCCCCCGAUGCUGCGAAAUACCCCAAUGUCGCCAGAUGGUACCGAAACAUCGCCAGCUACGAAAAGAACGAGAGAUCAGCAUGGCCAUCUGCGGGAGGAUCUGGAAAUGCUGCUGCUAAGGACGACGAUGAAGACAUCGAUCUUUUCGGAUCAGACGACGAGGAAGAUGCCGAGAAGGCCGCUAUUGUCGCCCAACGUCUGAAGGAAUACCAAGAGAAGAAAUCCAAGAAGCCCGGCCCAAUUGCAAAAUCAUCCGUGAUUCUCGACGUGAAGCCAUGGGACGAUGAGACUGAUCUUAAAGAGCUCGAGGCCAAAGUUCGAAGCAUUGAAAUGGAUGGACUUGUGUGGGGAGGUGGCAAGCUUAUCCCAAUCGGUUAUGGUAUCCAAAAACUUCAAAUUAUCAGCGUGAUCGAAGAUGCAAAAGUGUCCGUUGACGACCUCAGUGAAACAAUCACCGGUUUCGAAGACUUCGUCCAGUCGGUUGAUAUUGUUGCAUUUAACAAAAUC